AUGAUGGACGAAAGCUCAGCCCGUUUUCACCUGGAACGAGGUAAGAUGUCUCUUCGACUGCGUCAACCUAAACGUCGUAGUAAAGCCAAACGGCUGUACAACAACAGGAAUCAGCCCUCCUCUUCUGCUUGCACUCCAGCUGAAUAUAAACGCCGCCGCCUUGAAAAUCACCUCAUAUUUGGUUCCUCUGCAGCAUCAAGCAAAGCAAGUUCUUCCGUUACUGGAUCAGUUCCUUCUAACAACAAGGACUUAUCAUCUGCCCGUUCUUCAUCCUUGCCUGCGGCGUCCCCUGUUUCUCCACAAUCACAAGAGCCUCGGCAGAGACAUUACUUACACACGCAUCCUUCAACAUCUCCUGCUCCGAUGGAAAUCCAUUUGCAAAGCGCUUUACGUACUAAGCUAAUUAGUCUAAAUAUGGAGCGACGAGCGGCUGCUUUUGAGCCCAAAGCACCUAGAGCCAAUCAUCUCGCACCUGGCAGCCUUAGAACAGAUGGAACGAGCGGAGUAUAUCUCCGAUCUAUAAUGGACCCGGAGUCAGACAAGUUGCUGACUGGCUCAGCCGUCAAUCUGGCUGAAUCGUCUUCCGGCUCCCUCCCUUCCAUGCAUUCCGAGCACAAAACCAGUUCUGAACUUUUUCAGCAUGCGUCGACAUCUCUCGUUGGCUAUGCAGAUACCGAUACCUCUUCAGAUAAUGAUAGCUGCAAAGACUGA